AUCUUCAUUUCUCAUACUCUUUCCCUCUCCUCUCAAGUCUCCAAACCUUAAACCCCAAAUUUCAAACCAAAAAUGGCAGAAGAAGAUUCAAUCAAAGAAACAUCAAAUGUAUCCAAAGAGGAGGAAGAAGAAAAAGACUCAUCAUCUUAUUCAACUUCAGACUCAGAAUAUGAUUCAGAUGCUGAUUCAGAUGAUUCAUCAGUAGCAGCAGAAUAUAUAAGACCAGGAGAACCAGUAUACGAUUCAGACGCUGAAGAAAACAAUACAGAAGAAGCAAACAUAAGUCAAUUCUUAAGAGCAUUUAAUAGUAAGAGACUUAGAAAGAAAGAUGAUGAGGAAGAAAAAGAUCUAGUACAACAUGAAGAUUUAUAUGAUUUUCCAAAAGAUCCUGAGAAUUGGAAAGAAGAAGAUAUACAAGAAUUAUGGGGUGACGCACCAUUAGAAACUACUAAACCUGGUUGGGAUCCAGUUUGGGCUGAUGAUAAUGAAUGGGAUAUUGUUGCUAAAGAAAUUAAAAAAGGCAGAAACCCACCAAUUGCACCUUUCUAUGUACCUUACAGGAAAUAUUAUCCUGCUAUUCCUGAUAAUCAUCAUGAUAUAGCCAAUCCCAAAGCUGUUAUCGAAGAACUUGAUCGUAUCGAAGAGUUUCUUAAAUGGGUUAGCUACAUUUUCCGCGACGGAAGCUCGUAUGAAGGAACAGUUUGGGAUGAUUUAGCUAAUGGAAAAGGAGUGUAUGUUGCUCAAAAGGGGCUUGUCAGGUAUGAAGGUGAAUGGCUGCAGAACAAUAUGGAAGGCCAUGGGGUUGUUGAGGUUGAUAUACCUGAUAUUGAACCAGUGCCAGGUUCAAAGCUCGAAGCAAAGAUGCGUGCAGAAGGGAAAAUAAUAUCCAGGGAUUUUAUGGACCCAGAAGAUAGAGAAUGGUUGGAAAUGGAUAUUGAAGAUAGCUACCGUUUAGCUGCUGGAAACUAUGAGACUCCGUUUGAUAACAAUCCUGAAUGGAUCAAGCAAUUUGGACAGAAACCGGAAAGAGGUCGAUAUCGAUAUGCUGGACAAUGGAAGCACAGCAGGAUGCAUGGUUGUGGUGUUUACGAAGUCAAUGAGCGUCCCAUAUAUGGAAGAUUCUACUUCGGAGAGCUAUUGGAGGAUUCUACUGGCUGUGAUGAAGAUACUUCUGCGCUGCACGCUGGUAUAGCGGAAGUUGCUGCUGCAAAGGCGCGGAUGUUUGUUAACAAACCCGAUGGGAUGGUAAGGGAACAGAGAGGGCCUUACAGUGAUCCCCAGCAUCCGUACUUGUAUGAGGGAGAAGAUGUGUGGAUGGCACCUGGGUUCAUUAAUCAGUUUUAUGAAGUACCUGAUUAUUGGAAGAAAUAUGUUCAUGACGUGGAUGAAGAAAGGGAGAUGUGGUUGAAUUCUUUCUACAAAGCACCAUUAAGAAUACCUAUGCCUGCUGAGCUGGAAUACUGGUGGUCAAAAGACGAGACUCCAGAGUUUGUUGUUGUUAAAAACGAACCAGAAGGUGACCCAGAAGACGCGUCAGAGGUUGCAGAAGCAGAAGAUCCAGUCAUUCUUCACACUCCAACUGGACGACUGAUCAAUAUUGUCGAAGAUGAGGAACAUGGGGUUCGCUUAUAUUGGCAGCCUUCUCUUAAAGAAAGGGAGCAAGUGGACCUGAAUAAAGUGGAGUACCUUCCGCUUGGCUUUGACGAGUUCUUUGGAAGAACUAGCAUUGAAAAGAAGGCAGGCCUGGUGGAGCGCCUAAUGACAACUGUGGGGAAUGUAUGGAAGCCAAUAAAUGAUAAACUUGAGAAGCUGAGUGAAGAGAUAAAGAAAAACAGUGAACUGAAGCUCAAGCUGAUAGAACAAGAGCUUGAGUUCAUCGAGGCCGAAUUAUGUCUUGAAGAGACAAUCGAAGAUAUGGAAAAUGAGUUGAAGAGGAAACAAGAAGAGGAGGAGAAGAAAGUUGAUAAGCAGGAAGUAGAAGAUAUUUCUACCCCUAAUGAACAAGAUGGGUUAGAUUCUGCAGCGGAGGACGAGGAUGAAGAAGGUGAUGAUGAUGAUGCACCAACAAGUUUUGGAUCUGUUGCAGCUGAUGAUGGAAAUAAACGCGGGAAAUCUCCUUUUUCUACAUUGUCACUGUCAUUUGCUUCAAGCAGCUUGGUUUCAACGGUUCCCUGUAAGCUUCAAAAGGCAUUUGUAUCAUGGAGAAAUGGUGGAAAACUCCCAAUAGCUAAGCCCCUUUACCCUCCUCAGUCACGUCCUGAGAACUAUAAAGUCCCUGAGGAAACUUUGUGUUCGGUUGGUUUUCCUCUCGCAAGCAUGUAUCAUGCCAGCUUAAAGUCACAGAGCCAUGUCCAGCAACGAUUUCGAAGGAGAUCUGCGAAACUGUCACCUUUUGAUUCUUUAUCUCGUCUCUUAUCAAAUCCCCAAGCUUCUACAGGCAAUAAAAGCAACAGCUACUCAGAGCAACUAUCACGCAACCAUGAUCCACUACAGAAACAAGCUCAAAUUGAUCUGAACAGCGUAUUAUCCCUUCAUUUCCCAAUAAAUUGUCCUGCAGGUCAAGGUGUGGACAGUAACGAAACCUAAUCAAGAUUCAAUGUACAUGGGAAACACGACUUUGUGCUUUGUGUUGUCUCAUUUUUACGUACUCCAGAUGCGUGCAUUUUCGGUGGACCUAAAUUUUCUUCCCAGAAGCUGUCGUUUUAGUGAGCGAAAGAGAGAUAUAAGAGUAGAGACAAGCAGGUAGUCAAGACAGUAAUGCAAGUCUUGAAUAAUAUCCAUGCAAAUGGUUAGAAUGGGGUAGACUGUAGAGCACAGCACACCACAUCUUCAUCUUGUUGUUAAUUCCUUACCAAUAAUUGUGGCGUUGGUCUUCAUUCAUUAUUGUUCCUUUUCCUUUUGGCCUUCCUUCUUAAUAGGACACACUUUAUGGUUCCUCUUGAUAUUUUUACUUGGCUACUUGCAAACCAAUGAAUCACUGUAUCAGGUACAAACUUGGGUCUCUAGACUUUACUGAUAUUCAUUUGAAUCAGGACAUUUGAUAAUUCUCGCGAAAAUCGACAUGCCACCCUCUCUAUGGACACCACAGAUUAUCGUAUAGAUGAUGAUUCUGGUUUAUUCGUUAAAAAUAUUACUACCUGAUUACGGAUAAGACUUUGAAUUAUGAUUCGAAUCUUCACAUUUAAUCUUUUAAAAAUGGUUUAAUAUAAGCCAUAUUCCAGUCUAUUAUGAGGACUGCUUCCUGGUAAACUGGAAUAGUUAAGCAAUUGUGAUGUCAGUGAAUCCCCCAUAACAUAAAACUUACUUAAUAAUCAGGAAUAAGAUUCUGAUUAAUUAACUCAUUUUUAGGCAUCAAUUAUUGGUGUGCGAACCAUAUGAUCACGUUUGUUUGAUUAUGUAUGUCAUCCAUUAAUAAAUGGAUAAAGCAGCCCCCAUAUGGUCAGUAGCACACAACAACAAUGACACGCCAAGGCAUCUGCGACCUAGAGUUAGCCACAGGUGGCGAAUCACACAUCCAUAUACGAAGACUACCAUAACAAGGUUCAAAGUGGUGAUGCCACUAUUAGCUUAACCACCAAAGAACUGCUUUGGUUCAGACGGAUCACCAAGGCCAGCCAGAUAUGCUGCCAGAAUAGAAGCCAAAACAAGUGGAUAUUAUUGACGGUUGACCAUUAGGUUCUAUAGUUACCAAUGCUGCCCUAACAAAUACUAACGUUAAUCAUCCUCUUAAUUAGGUAGCCACCCCAUUUCACCCCUUCAUUGAUUUGCCUAAUCUUAUUAUUAACAAUCCAUCUAUUAUGUUUUGUUGUUUUAUUCUUCAAUGUGACGAAUAACCUACAAUAGCCAGUCACCCAUUAAAAUGAUUGAAGAAACUAACAGAAACCUUCAUUGAUUCUUCUUCUAUAUAACCUUCUAAUUUCUCAACUCCUUCCGAUAACAAAAACAACAAACAAACAUUAUCUCCAUAACUGCUAUAAACAUCACAACUUGCAGUAUUUGAUACUACUAGGCACCAUUUUCUUAGUUUUAUUUCAUUUGAUUAUGUUAUCUACAAACAAAGUAGUAGAACCAGUUGAGAGCCUCAGGUCUUCUCUCUCAACUGUUUCCCUCGACCUCCAUUCUUUCGUUUCCGCAGACUGAGAUAGCAGCAUAAUUGUGUAGGAGAAAGCUCCGGAAAGUCGGUUUGAAAUUUUGGAAAAAGUUUGCAGUAUGCCUAGUCCAACAUCUGCUUCAAGAGCACAGAAAAUCAAAGGGCAGCUAGAGAAAGUUAAGAAUGGAGGAGGGAAUAAAGUAACAGAAAGAUCAGCAUCGUUUCAUGGGAAAGGCUUAGUAGCAAAUCAAGCGAAUCUUCUUAGAAGGCCAAAAACGGAUCCAGAUUUGUUAGCUGGAAUGAGAAAUAAGUCGAAUGGUGGAAUAUUCUCGUCUCCUCAAUCCGAAAAUAUUCCCAAGUUGACUAAGCUGUUACUAAACGUAACAGUACAAAGAAGUUUAGGACCCAUUCAUGUUGUUAUGUCACCUGAUUCAACAGUUGGAGAUCUUAUUACUAUGGUUGUUAAACAAUAUUCCAAAGAAGGAAGAAGACCUUCAUUGUCUACGACCAAUGCUUCUGAUUUCAAUCUACACUACUCGCAGUUCAGCUUAGAAAGUCUGGAUAAAGAGGAGAAACUGAUACAACUAGGGUCAAGAAACUUCUUCUUGUGUCCCAAAAUUAAAAAUGAUGAUGUUGGUUUUGGACCAUUUCUGACAGCUUCGUCUUCAAACCCUUGUUCAAACCAAGCUGAGAGGGUAUCAAACAAGAAAGUUCAACCACCAUGGUGUAGAUUCAUUGAUUUCUUAACGAUUAGUAGUAGUAGUCUUUAGUUUUCUUUAAAAAAAUUCUGUUCAGUUACUUCAUUUAUCUGCUAAAAAAUUUAGCAGUGUAAUAGUGCAUUCAUGGAUCCAUUCAUUUGGGUUAUCUUAAUUUGUAUAAACAUGAUAUUAUUAAAGGGAAUAGAUAUAGAUUUAUAGUUUUCAAUCAUCCAAUGAUAAUCAUUUGAUGAUAUCUUCUUUCUUGUGUUCUGUUUAAUAGAUUCAAACUUUUGUAAUUUCUUUUCUAUGUUUUAUGUAAAUAUCUAAUAAAAUCUUGUUUCGUA